AUGACAGUGAGGCUGUUUGUUUCCAGGCUUUCCAAGAGUGUCCCUGCGAAGGAGGUUGAGGAGUUUCUCGCAAAACUUUUCCCUGAGGCCGUUCAUAUUCAGUUGCUGCAGGGAUCACACAGCGGGACACACAAGGGACACGCCUACGUGCACUUCAGUGACGAGGCGACGGCCGCGGAUGUACUUCGACGGCUGGGGGAGGGCCCAACACCGACAUUUCAUGAGCUGUCGAUCCACGUGAAGCGUGCCAGUCGUCUUGACACGGGGGAAAAUAACCUGUUUAUCCCCCAGCCGUUACCGCCACAGCUCGCACACUACGCAUACUCCGUGUGUGCAACUGUCUCUUCCUCUGUGGUCGACACCCUUGAUGGUGUCGUCGCCCGCUGCGAGCUCUCUGAUGGUGUCACUGCCGUGGCUUUUGCAUCUGAAGCAAAAAUGACUGCUGCGCUGGAGACUUGUCGGGAAAAUGCGGCCAAGUGUUUGCCCCCUCUUUUACCGGAACUCUUAUCCUCACGCAUCAUGAGGAAGCGCAGACGGAGCGAUGAGGAUGGUGGGGAAAAUCAUUGCAGGGAUGAUUUGAAUGAGUCUCGUAACUCUGGUGUUGAUAGUGUAAACGACGGUCCACGCACUCUAGAGGGCGGUGCGGAUGUAGUGGCGGCUUAUGAGCGGCGUGGGUUUGUGCCUCUCGCACCAGCGGUGGCGCUGACGCUCCUGCAGGAUUUCAUGGAAGGGCGUGGUCGUGUUGCUCUGAAGGAUCAAAAGGGUCACAUGGCGGUGAUGACGCUGCCGGCGCAUGCGAUGGCUUUGGAGUGA